AUCUAAACAAAAUACAUACAAGUAAAAUAGCGAUUCUCUCUCUCCCUCUCUCUCUCUCCCACCACGAGUUUUUUUCUCUCUCCCAACUAAAAUAGCGAUUCUCUCUCUCUCUCUCUCUCUCUCUCUCUCCUUCCUUAUUAGGCUUCUUCUGUUUGUUCCUUGCUUUCUAACUCAGUAUAUAGGUAUAGAUAGAGAUACAAGUAUAUAGGUAUAGAUAGAUACAACUGCAUAUUACAUACAUCUUUGCUUUCUGUUGUUCAACAAACUAUAUUUGCAGCAUAUAUUAUAUACCUACAAAUAAUACUCACUAGGGUCAAACGUUUUGAUUACUGUUGUGAUUAGAUUCUUCUGCCGAAUACAAUCGCCGCCGCCGCCGCCUCCAUCUGAUUCCGAUUUCAUUUAUUAUAUUUCUAUUUGCUCAUAAUUGCUAUGUUUAUUCUCUCGUUGCGAUCGUACAUUGCAUUUGAGGGUUUCUUCUUCACAGGAGAACUUUUUAAUUUCUCUUGACAGGGGUAAAUAAAAAGAGAAGGCCUUUAAUUUGAUAAUAUAUUGCUGAAGAAGCUAUGUUGUUGAAUCAAGAAGAGAAUGUGAGUUGUGGUGUUAUUAAGUCUGAUGAAGGGUGUGUAAAUGUUGGUCAUCUGUUGCCCAAAAAUCUUUUUGGAACGGAUCCCGAUUCCGGUACUGGUGAAGCUUCUCGAAACAAAAACGACAACAACAGCAAUAUUUUUGCUGCAUUUGAACUUUUGAUAUACGACGACAAUGAAGAAGUGGAUGAUUUAUCGUAUUUUGGUUCUGAAAAAUAUCAGAAAGAGCAUGUGAAGGAUUGUAAUAUCGAAGGAGGUGCUUCCGCCCCGGCAGAUGCUUUAUUCUUUGCUCUUGGUUAUCUUGAAGUUAAAGACCUUCUUUCGGUCGAAAUGGUUUGCAAAUCGUUGCGCGACACUGUUCGAAAUGACCCCCUUCUUUGGAGAAAUAUUGAAAUAAGUUACCCUUUGAGUGAUAAAAUCACCGAUGGUGAUCUUCUCCGAUUAAUCAACAGGUCUCAAGGUACCCUUUCCAGCUUGAGCCUUGUCAGGUGCUACAAGAUCACAAACACGGGUCUUAAGCAAAUUCUCGAACGCAGUCCACGUUUAACCAAGUUAAGUGUGCCAGGAUGCAUUAGGCUAGAGAUCGAAGAAAUUUUGCGAGAUUUGAAGCUCUUCAACUCCGCUACUUCACCUGGUAUCAAAUCUCUAAGAAUUGGGGAACUCCGAGGUCUGACGAACGAGAUGUUCGAAGAGUUCAAGAUUCUCUUAGGGGUAGAAAAGGAAAAAAAUCCCAACAACCACAAACCGAUAUUUCAUCGGUCACCACAGCUGUAUCUCUCUCUAGACGACGAGCGUGUGAUAGACAUCGAAACAUGUCCUAGAUGCCAGCGAGCAAAUCUAGUGUACGAUUGCCCUUCGGAGACUUGUCAAGUGGAGGAGGGGCCCCACCAUCCCUCCACCACAAACAAGCCAUGCAGAGGUUGCAUAUGUUGCAUCUCUCGUUGUUUGAGCUGUGGGUGCUGCUUAGAUGAUAAGCCCUAUGAAGAGACGUUUUUUCUCGAGUAUCUUUGCUGGGAUUGCUUGGGCCAGCUCAUCGAUUGGGAUAUGCCCUUUCACAAACUGGCAAGUUGCCAUCUUGUCCUCUGUGGUUAGGCAAAUCCAGCUUUUGAAAUUUAUGUCUUCGAAAGUCGAGCAAUGGCAAUGCCGCCGCAUCCACCAUGGGCCUAUAAAAUCGAACCAAAAUUUUCGAUGAUUUGGUGGAAGAAAUGUGGGGUUCGGCUCUUGUUCGUGGAGUGUCUGGAAUACGAAACGGGGAAUCUUUUGUUACGAGAUGCUUGUUUUUAAAGUUAUUUAUGAAGUGUGAUGCAAGAGAGUAUAGGUUUAAAGGACAGAGGAGUUGGCAGAAUCUGGUUAAGAGCUAAGAGUGUGUUGCAGUUGGAUGGGGUGGAGAAGUUGAUCCAGCAAUCAAGAAACGCAUUAGCAACUAGCAACUAUAGGUCUAAAUAAUUAUCCAUUACUCAGUUGGAGUUUUUUUUUUUUUUUUUUUUUUUUU